GGAGUUUAUAAUCAUUAUCCACCUCCACCUGGCAAAAUUCUAUUACAUAUUCAAUCAAUUUUAAAAAAAUUAAUUGAACAAGAAACUGAAAAAUCAAUAGAUAUUAGUGUUAAAAAUAUUUGUUUAG